UCGUUAGUUCAGUUGGUUACGUGUCCGCCGGGAAGAAGGUUCACUUCUGAGGUCGAGUAGAAAGUGUCUUACUGUUUAUUUUAUAUUUCCAUACAUAAGCCCCAAUCGAAAUCAUGACCCAGCAGGGACCAGCAUUCGAUUCCAACUGCAUGACGCUGACUCGCUUCGUGCUGCAGGAACAGAAAAAAUACAAGCAUGCAACCGGUGACUUGUCCCAGCUGCUGAACUGUAUCCAGACGGCAAUUAAAGCCAUCAGCUCAGCUGUGCGUAAGGCAGGAAUAGCGAAACUGCAGGGAAUCUCUGGAGAUACUAAUGUUCAGGGCGAACAAGUAAAAAAGCUGGACGUACUGUCGAAUGAGAUUUUUAUCAACAUGUUAAAGUCUUCGUAUGCCACGUGCGUCCUGGUGUCGGAAGAGAAUGAUAACGUAAUCGAAAUUGAGACUGAGAGACGGGGUAAAUAUGUUGUCUCAUUUGACCCGCUGGAUGGCUCCAGCAAUAUCGAUUGCCUGGCGUCGAUUGGUUCUAUUUUCGGAAUAACUAAGCAAAUCAACGAAAACGAAGUCCCAACUAUCGCUGAUGCUCUCCAGCCGGGGAAUAAACUCGUAGCCGCAGGAUACGCACUCUACGGCUCGGCAACCAUGGUCGUGAUCAGUUUGGGUGUAGGCGUUCACGGUUUUAUGUAUGAUCCAUCAAUUGGUGAGUUCGUUUUAACGGACUACAAUAUGCGAAUUCCGGAGCGGGGCAACAUAUACUCCAUCAAUGAAGGUUAUUCAUCGACGUGGGACCCGUCGGUAUACAACUACGUUCAAGAUAAAAAAGACCCCGCCAAAGGGAAACCGUACGGCGCUCGGUACGUCGGUAGCAUGGUAGCAGAUGUGCACCGAACUAUCAAAUAUGGUGGAAUUUUCAUUUACCCCGCUACAGCGGCUGCCAAGAAUGGUAAACUUCGCCUCCUAUACGAGUGCAAUCCAAUGGCUUUUAUCGUGACGAAAGCUGGAGGAAAAGCGAGCGCCGGUAAGGAUAAGGAGAUUUUAGAUGUCGUUCCCACGUCCAUACAUCAGCGUUGCCCAAUUUACCUCGGUUCGAAACUAGAUGUUGAAGAGGCUUUGAGUUACAUAAAGUGAACUCUUCGUCAGACUUAAAUUAUGUGUAAUUUUGAAAAUACGUCUUGUAUAAAAUGAUGUACUUUUACUGAAAGUCUCAGGUCUUUGCAAAAUCACAGUGCAUACAUGUUAUUGUAGUAAAAUAAA